AUGGCAGAUUCAGUGGCCCAGAACAUCCAUGGGUACGACCAUGAUAACUUGCGCCAUGUGGUAAUCACUUCAACUUGUUUUGCCUUCAUCUUGUCUACUGCUGCAGUCGGCUUCCGUAUUAUCUCGAGAGCCAUCAACGGCAGCGGUCUUUUUCUAGAUGACUGGCUCAUUAUCCUUGCGUUGAUCUUCGAAUACGGUAUAUCGAUCGCAGGAGUUGUGUUACUGUACAAUGGACUCGGAACACAUAUAGUUGAGCUCUCCCCCGAACAAGUCGUUACCUACCUGAAGACACUGUUUACAGGCUCAAUUCUCUACACCGGCUGCAUUGCAAGCAUCAAGCUAUCCAUUCUGAUGCUUUACCGUCGACUGUUCCCCGUAAAGACCAUGAAAUUCGCAGUCCAUGUUGUCUCUCUGAUUGUAACCAUAUGGGCUUCCUGCGGUAUUCUCGCAGGCUGCUUUGCUUGCAUCCCAACCGAGAAGCUGUGGCACCCCAUGCUAGAAGGUGGUUGCAUAGAUUUGUCAAAGUUCUACUACGGUCUUCAGGUUCCCAACAUUGCAACAGAUGCAAUCAUUCUCCUGAUGCCGAUGCAUAUCGUGUGGAAUCUCCCCAUCGCCAAAGCCCAGAAGCUCGGUCUUUCUGGGAUUUUCAUCCUGGGAUUCUUGUAA